AUGACCCAACAAGCCACCGUGUUAGCUCGUGGUCCUAUUUUGAACGGGAAUGAAACGUUGCACUCCUGCUUGAAGGCUAUUCCACAUCAUAGGAGGAGCACUUCGCAGGUACGAUUCUCGCUUCCCGCUUGCGAGAAGGUUGAGGAAUACUACUUAGAAUCUAAGAAUCGGUUAAGCCGGGAUAGAAACUCAAUGAUGAAGGAGAAUAUUAAUAUUGAGGCCGAUUGUAGCAAGUCUCAUAUAGUAUACCCAAUGUCCCCGGUAGAUGAGCCUUUGGAACACUUCGUUGAUCUAAAAAAUAAGGUGACCGUUCCGGUGCCGAGAUAUGCGUGGCUUGCUAAAGUUAGCCUUGAAGAUCCACCCCAGAAAAGAGAUACGAGGGGACAUUUAAGAACGCAAUCUGAGCUUAAUCGGCCGUUGAAAACUACGUCUAGCUCAUUACCGUUAGGCCAUAUCAGAAGUAAAUCUCUGCAAUCUUUUAUUGUCGACAUGGUAAACGGCUACGAGAGCUCUUCCGUAAAGCCGUCAUCGAAGCCGGCUGACGGAGAUAUGAUGAUGAAAAAUACAGUUUCAAUGCCUGCCCCACUUGAACAGCUGUCCAUUUCCUCUCCCAGAGAACUUUUUUUAAAAGCUGAUUCACCAUUGAACAGGUAUCGCGUUCCGGUUCCUUUAGAACUUGAGAUGCCGCCAUUCUUGUCUCCCUUUAACCAUAAUAAACAGCGCAACAGUCUGGUAUUUGAUGGACAAGGCUACAGCGUUUUCAAUGCUGAUCAUUCUGACGCAUCUUACAAUGAGGACGGUGACAAUGGAUACAGUCUGCAGGAUUGUCCCGUAUAUGAUUCGACAGGUAAGGAGGAUACUAGUGAUUUAUCUAUUCCUUCUGCCGCUAAUGAUUUAUCUAUAAAUUUGAGCUAUGAUGAUGUUGAUGUCCUCCUGGGUAUCGAUAAUGAAGCUAAUGUUAAUUUGAAAGAACAAGUUAUAAAUUUAAGAAAUAGUUCACCUUUAAGGGAGCAAUCGAAGAUGAGUUUUUAUUCCCCUAGUAAGAGGCAUGCUCAUCGCUGGAAUUCUGAUGUGGUCGCUGAACUGCCGGAUUCGGUGGUACAGCGGCAAUUGCAAUCGCAUAAUCGUUCUCGAGCUUCUUUACCCUUAAUGGCUAUGGGAUCGCUUUCGAAAUCGAUCACUAUACCUGAUUUUGAAAAGACUCCUGCUCCUAGGAACAGCGAGGCCCUCUCUGGAUUUUUCAGCUUGAACGAUGAGGAGACCAUUAAGAAUACAAGCCCCUCACCAGAACGCGUAUCGAAUGAGACAUUUAAGUUCCCGAGAAUGUCCGACGAUAUUAACUCAGAUGCUGCUACUAAUGUAAAGUUUGACGGUUCCACAAAGAUAGCACAAGAUGUGAACUUCCUCAAGAUUCCAGAAGAGACGGUUAACCCUUCUGUUGAACAAAGGAGACAAAACUUGCAGAAGCAAAGAGGUACUGGACAUCAGCAUAAAAGAAGCCGUAGUAUCCAUGUCCUGGACGAUCUAUUUGCUGCGGCUCAUCCAACCACACCAAUGAAAAAUUCUCAAGUUUCUGAAAUCGUUCAACCAGAAUCGAAUGGGAGGAAAGCGGUAAAGGUAAUCCGAAUACCAGAACGUUCUCCAUUAAGGCCGAAGUCAGCACUAGUUAAACCCCAACCCCAUAAACAGUGUUCUACAAAUUCUACGCCUGUAGAAUCAAAUGGCAGCCGAACUUCGCCUAUGGAGAGUAUCCUUCACACAGUUGAAGAAGGUAUUAAUCGUUGUAUCAAUGGCGAUGCGUAUGUGGAUGGCUCCCGGGUGCAAAUUGCUGAACAAAAAUCUAAAGAUAUUCACACUAGCCCUAUAAUCUUCAACGAUGGUAAUGGUGUAUCUAAGGCUGCUGCGCUUUCUAGAGAUAAAUUUCCAACACCAAGUAAAGAUGUUGAAGUAGUUCUUUAUGAAAAAGAGAAGGCAAAAGGUGAUAAGAAAGUGGACAGCUUCAAUUCGCGUUCAAAGCAACUAACAACCUAUUGUUCGUUUAAAGAGCCGUUACCCAAACACCGUAUUCUAACCUUUGCUAAGAUUUCAGAUAUUCAUAAUAAUACAAAGGAGUUGUUGAACCAGCAGAUUGUCAGCCGGGCUGAAGUGAAUCGGAAGGUCUCAGUUGGGGUUAGUAAUUCUUCCCAUGAGUCAGAAUUCUCUGCAGUUUCUUCUGAAUUUUCGCACGCCACUAUUGCUUCAUCUAUAACCGUCCCAAGAUCUGAGCAAUUGAAUUCUUCUAAAAAGGGUCCCAAUAAUUUGUCAAAGGAGCGAUUUCUUGUAUACAAUAAUGCAAGUGCCCCUCAAUUAGUCCCAACUAAACCACCAGCACCUAAAAGAGAGAUAUCACAUAACCAAGAUUUUUCAUGCGAAGUGCCAGAGGAGUCGGCGUCUGUUAAGGAAAUCUCAGAAUUACCACUCAGAAAUUCGAAUGAGAAGAAGUUAAAUUCUACUAAGCGGUUAUCGAUUAAUAUUACCUCUGGAUUAUCGAAAUUAACAAGACAUUCAAAAAUUGAGUUAGUUGAUCGGCAUUUAAAAAGGGUCUCAAUUGAAGAUCCUGAUCCUAAAACUAUGAAAGACCCAGUCUCAAGCGGUUCUUCUAAUAAGAAGCAAUUGAAAGAAAGGCCUCGCUCGUUUCACAAUUGGAAGUAUUCUAUGGACUUUAAAGGUUUCUGCGGAGAACUUGCUAAAGAUGCAAAGUCUCUAUUUGGAAUUACUGGUAAAAAGAAGGCUUCAGUAGCUAGUGAUGCCAAAGACUAUCGCUCGAAGCGAUCCACAGUUUUAAUAGACAAGAGUUUGUAA